AAUAAUAAUAAUAAUAAUAAAAUAGUAAUAGUAGUCAGGCGACAUCGCCCAAAAAGAAAAAAAAAAACAAAUCGACCAUGAAAUUCUGCCCUCCAUUUCUGUGCCUGCUGCUACUACAUUCGCGUCUGAAUUUUUUCUUCGAAUAAUCCGUCGAAUUUUGGAAUAUUAUUAUUAUGACUAUGACUGCUACUAUUACUACUAUUAUUAAUACUACACAACUAUUUCUACCAUUUACUACUACUACUACUACUACUACAAAGAAAAAGUUGUAGUCGGUGUAGCGCGUGUUCGACGUCGUGUUACGUCCUCGUAAUAUUCGUAGACAUUUUGUAUAGGGGAAAUCUAUGUGUGUCGUAAGAGGUGAGACAUUAAAAAAAAAACCAAACAAGAAGGGCUAACGUAAUUGUCGAUGAUUCGUAAUUGUUUUUUUAAAUUGGGAGUUUUGAAUUAACAAAAACGACGACGACGACAACGACGACAACGACGGCAACAAGAAAACAGGGGAUUUUAGUGAAAUUUUGGUUGAAAGACAAAGAGGAAAUAAAAAGGGAUUUAGAAAUUGAAAGAAAAAAUAGUUGUAGUGCCAAAGAAGAAAAGAAGAAGGAGGAGAAGGAGGAAGAGGAGGAGGAGGAGGUGGAGGAUAUUUUCUUGGCGUUGGAUAGUUUGAAUAAUCGAAAUACCGUGGAGUCGCAAGACAGCAGCAGCAAGGCGCGACGCGAGCCGACCACUCGAGCAGCCCUGCGUCAGGAUGUUCCCUGUGCUAUCGAAAAGGGCCAUCCGGUAGCUCCGUUGCCGGCUCUCGUCGCGAUCCUCAGACCCUGGAGGAAAAAGAAUCGCAGAGGACAACGUUCGAAGGAACGAUUGGGAAGGGAAAUGUCGGUCAGGGUCAGCGGUGUUUAUUUGGUGCCAGCUUCGGCUACUAAUACUAAUAACGAGCCCAAUAACGAAAGAAGUAACAAUAAUCUUGAACAACAAGCUCAACAACAGCAGCAGCAACAACAACAGCAACAUCAUCAUCACCAUCAUCAUCAUCAUGCUACCAAGACCGUAACCAUUGCAACUGCACCUCAACGGAGCAAUAGUCUCGAUUAUUUAAACUUCGAAGAGAAACGACAAAUCAUAGCGUCUUCCUUAUCCCUAAGCGAUUUUCUGGCUCAUGGGCCUGCCGCUGCAGCAGCGGCUGCGGCCAAGGAAGUUGCUGCUAAUACCGUCAUUGCUAAGAAACAAAAUGGCACUGCCCUUCGAACAAACAGCCUGGGAUCGGGUGCAAGAACGCCUCCCCUUGAAAGAAAAAGCAAAUUCUCGGCCCUCGGUAGACUUUUUAAACCUUGGAAAUGGAAGCGGAAAAAGAAAUCGGACAAAUUCGAGGCCGCUUCUUUGUCACUCGAAAGAAAAAUUUCUGUACGGGCUAGUAGAGACGAAUUGGUACAAAAAGGAAUCUUAUUACCUGUUAUAAGAUCUACGUCGUUUCCGGAAAAUGAAACGAUAGGUGACUUGACGGAUACGCAGAAACCGCCUAGUCCUCAAUUAACGCCUCAACAACAACAACAACAACAGCAACAACAAUCACAGCAGCAACAACAACAACAGCAGCAGCAGCAGCAGCAACAACAACAACAUAACGGAGCUGGUGGAAACACUUGUGUGCCAACGUCAACGUCAACCGUUAGCUUACAACAAUCACAACAAGUAUCAUCAAGUACACCGACCCCAACGACUGCCAAUUCACAUUCUAGUGGGUCGCCCAAUAAUUCGUCUCCUCAUCCUCCACCUCAUUAUCCAGGAAUACCUUCAUCACAGGGAGGACAGACGAACGGAAAUACUCAAGAGCCGAAGAAGGAAAAGACUGAACAGAGUGCAAAUGGCGGACUAUCGCCAAGUGCCGAGACUCAGGUCAAUCAGAGCACGACUACGAGCGUUGCGGUGCCGGUUUCAGGCACAACCCCGAAUACAGGGGAUCAACAAAAGCCGAAUAGGCCGAACACCCUUGAUGCCAGGGUUGUAGCCAGGAGGCUGAUCUUGUUCGACAUGGAAAAGGGUGUUCUCGAUCAAAGCGCCGAAAAUCAACAACAGGUAAUAGAAAGGUGCUAUCCAUUACCACCUCAAAACACUUUGAUGUUGUCGGAGCUUCCGGAACCACCAAUUCCUUUGAGCGAAAUAGGACCGAUUCCACCACCGCCGAUGUUCAGCUCGCCAAGUCCCACGAUGGUGACGAGGCAGCGACAACAACAAAUCCCAUUAUCGGAUUGCGAAGACGAAGUGUACGUGUCCUUCGUAGAUGACGAAGAUAUCGACGUGGAGGAGGAGGACGAUAAUCUUUACGUCUUUAGGGUGUCUCAACCAGAUCCAGCUAUCGAUACAUCUAGGAUCGAGGAAAUACCAGCGAAAGAGCCUAAAUUUCAUGCGAUGCCAUUGAAAAGUGCAUUGAAGAAAAAAGGAUCUGGUAGUGGUCCUGGUACACCGCAAAAUACGCCGACGCAGGAGAAUAGGCCAUUGACUCUUCGUCAAGAACUUCAUGCUUCGUUCAAAAGGCCACCGUUGAGGCCAAGGAUGAGAAUAUGCAGUCGACCAGUCAGAUUUGGACUUGCUUUACCAUGCACAUUGGAAAAUAAGGAAAAUGCAAGGCCUUAUGUGAUUCGAGAGGACGUUGAUGGUGAUGGCAGUGAUGGCCAAGUCCUUUACAGGGACGAUUAUGAUGAUGAGAAAACUCGAUUGGCAGCUAAAAUUGCACGCAAAGAAUCACUUUCGUUGAAGCUAGCCCUUAGGCCUGAUAGACAGGAACUCAUCAAUAGAAAUAUUCUUCAAUUGCAAACGGACAAUGAAAGGCAGGAAACGAAAGAAGCCAUUGGUGCUCGACUUAUCAGGCGGCUAAGUAUGCGUCCUACUCAAGAGGAAUUGGAAGAACGAAACAUUUUGAAAAAACAAAGUCCUGCCGAGGAGAAGAAGCAGAAAGAAGAGAAGAAACGUUAUCUUUUAAGAAAAUUAAGCUUUCGACCAACCGUUGAAGAACUUAAGGAAAAAAAGAUCAUAAGAUUCAACGAUUACAUCGAGGUUACACAAGCUCACGACUACGAUAGAAGAGCCGAUAAACCAUGGACACGAUUGACUCCUAAAGAUAAAGCAGCCAUUCGGAAAGAAUUAAACGAAUUCAAGAGUUCCGAAAUGGCCGUUCACGAAGACAGUCGACAUCUUACCAGGUUUCAUAGGCCAUGACAAUUGCAAUGUGUAAAGGUGCUACAGUGUGGUGCAGGUGUAAUUGGUGAAGGUGGUGCAGUGUGCUUGUUGUUGCCUCGUGUUGAAGCUGGAUAAAUCGGAUUUGCGUCUACCGUAAAUGAAAUAUAAACGGAAGUACGUGAUAAUCGAUUAGUGGCUCGAAGACGUGGAAAACAAAAAA